AACAGCGCCGGCGCUGCUCGGGCGCCGUGCGCUACUCGGGAAGCGGCGUUGCUGGUUAUAGCGGCCGCGUUAUUGUGUAUGAAGCCAGCCGGGAAGUGGGACGUGACGAGUGGACGUUACCCGUUUCGAGCGUGACACCGGGGCCCAAGCUGGUGGGAGCCGAGCAAACAGAUGGCGGACAUACGAAAGAAACUCGUGGUGGUGGGGGACGGCGCUUGUGGGAAAACGUGUCUGCUGAUCGUAUUCAGCAAAGACGAGUUCCCGGAGGUCUACGUCCCCACCGUGUUUGAGACCUACGUGGCGGACAUCGAGGUGGACUCCAAGCAAGUGCAGCUGGCGCUGUGGGACACCGCUGGACAGGAGGACUACGACCGUCUGCGCCCCCUGUCCUAUCCCGACACCGACGUCAUCCUCAUGUGCUUUUCGGUGGACAGCCCGGACUCCCUCGAAAACAUCCCCGAGAAGUGGGUGCCGGAGGUCAAACACUUCUGUCCGAACGUGCCUAUUAUUCUAGUCGCCAACAAAAAAGAUCUGCGGAACGACGACAACGUGAGGAGUGAGCUGGCCAGGCUGAAGCAAGAGCCCGUCAGGACGGAGGACGGGCGAGCCAUGGCCACGCGCAUUGGCGCGUAUGACUAUUUAGAGAGCUCUGCUAAAACCAAGGACGGCAUAUGGGAAGUGUUCGAGACGGCAACGCGGGCAGCCUUGCAAAAACGGCCGAGGCCAACCAGCAGUUGUGUCAAUUGCUGUCUGUUGCUGUGAACGAGCAUUGUUGCCUGCUCUUAUUAUGACUGUGAGCUCUGAUCCAAGGUACCCCAUUCACCGCCUGGGAUCUUGUGCCUGAACACGUGAAGACCGUGGCCAUAGUUUGGAUUCUUUCACUUAAUUAGAUGAUCUUGGCUGAACCAAAACUAAUAAUCAGCCGUCUUAAGAGUUCCGGCUGUAGCGUGUUCCCGAGUGGAUCACGUGAUUCUAACUGUAUUGCCUUUUUGAGGGGGACAAGAAAAAGCACUCGAGACAAAAUGACAUGACACUUUCUCGGUACAGUGGGUGUGUGGUUACCCACUGUGCUUUUGGUUUAUGACUGACUGGCUAAAGGCUAGCUUUUAAACUAAAGUUUCAUUUGCACAAGGACAGUAUUAUUAUUAUUUUUUGUUUUUUUGCCAUCUGCACACUGUUGCCUCGCACAUUUCUGCCAAGCUGAUAUGUAUGCCAACAUCACAUAUAAAUGACUGUAUCCAGCCAGGGAACUAAUUUAACAGCUAACCAGAACAGAAUCUAACUUACAGAAAUUACAACACAAUGUAAGGCAGAACUACACGAUAAGAACAUUAAUAUUACAGUAUAUUUUGUAUGCUCUUAGGUAUACUUGAUUCUGGUGUUAAAUGCUCUUGAAUAAAGACCCAACUUUAAUAUACAGUCUAUGAAAGCCUGC